UCCCUCUCUCGGCUGGACGUCGGCUUCGCAAUUCAGUUGAUCGUCCCAACCCGCAGCUUUGCAUCAAUUAAGCGCCAAUCCAUUUUUAAAAUUAAAUAACAACCUUUCGCUUUGAAAUAACUGAUCAAACCCGUGCAAAAGAGUGCUAUAUUUAAUAUUAAAAGUGGAAAAAAUAUGGCCACUUUGACCACAGUGCGAUUAUCCAAAGGGGAUUCACCGAGCUGGGGAUUUAGACUGCAAGGGGGAAAGGAUUUCGGGACCCCGCUAGUGAUCCAGAAAGUAAAUGGCGGAUCACCAGCAGAACGCGCAGGCCUUAUUGCUGGCGACUCGGUAAUCAGAAUCAAUAAUACAGACGUAUUUAACUUACUGCACAAGGAAGCUCAAGAUGUCAUUGUCAGAGCUGGAAAUAACUUUGAAAUGGUUAUUCAAAGAGGUGGAUCGACGUGGAAGCCAGCAGUUGUGCCAGUAGGCGCGGUGAAUAAGCCAUCUCCUGUACCAGUCCAAAACUUCAGUCCAGUAACCAAAACCUCUUUGGCCGCUCUCCCCGGUGAGAAUAUUGGAGCUAUCGGAACCGGACACAACGUUUCUGCUAAACCAUUUGGACAGGUCAACGGUGCUGUCAACGGUGGUGCUCCAAAAUUAGUUAACAAACAAUACAAUACUCCUUUGAAGCUUUAUUCUGAAGACGCCAUUGCAGAGACUAUUUCUGCUCAAAGUGAGGUGCUGUCCACUGGAGCUCUAGGAGUUAACUUUAAAAAGAAUGAGAAGAACUAUGAUGCAACCAACAGUGCUGUUUAUCGUAUGCUGAAAGAAGCCGAAAAUGAACCAACAGAACCGACUAAUGAUUCAGUAAUUCGAUCCGAAUAUCUAUCCGCCACAAACGGAGGGACUAGAAGAAGUGCGAGUCCAAAAUAUCAAUCAUCAUCAUCCACAAACCAACCACAGACUUCUGAUCACGAAAGCGCCACAAUCUGCACCGAUUGCGAAAGGGUGAUUGUAGGAGUAUUUGUAAGGAUAAAAGAUAAGAACCUGCACGUUGAAUGUUUUAAGUGUUCAACUUGUGGAUCUUCUUUGAAGAACGUGGGCUAUUAUAAUAUCAACAAUAAGUUGUACUGUGAUAUCCACGCAAAAUCGGCAGCUAUUGCUAUCAAUAAUCCCGGAGUGCUUGGAGACGUUGCUCCUAAACCUCCAGCAAACCAAAUAUCCGCCGCUCUAUCGAGCCAUUUGCCAGCUUCUUCGCCACUGUCCCCAAAGACAUCGGGUUAUUCACCCACUUUCCCAUCAAGCAACGUCGGCGGUCCAAAGCCGUUUUCAAGCGUAAGCGCUCCGCUAUCACCUGGUGGAUCUUUGUCCAGAGCUGCUCCCAUUUCACCGGGAGGUUCCUUGCACAGAGCAGCACCCCUAUCUCCGCAAGGAAAUUUUUCUAAGCCGGCCUUAUCACCAACUGCACAUUCUUAUACUUCUAACAGUCCGUUGUCUAGUGAGCGCCAUACAAACAUAAUUUGGCCGCCUCCGCAAGAAAUAUCUGACGCUCCGACCGCUUGUCCCCUUUUUUAUCCUCCUCCCUCAAAAGUUGAGGCUGAACUUGAGAAAAAAUACGCAGCAAAAAAACAAGCGGAGGAUUUUUUAGACGAACCUGAGGAUCAUAAUUUGGAUGAAACAAUGUCCUUUUAUUCAGAGGAAUUUUCUUUUAGUGGCCGACGCAGCGCCACCGAAUGUGUCGAAAUGUUAUCAGAAACUCUAGAUACUCAAAAAUUCGUUGAAAACGUUAUAAAAGCGACACCAAAUAUUGCUCCACCCCUCCUUAACGUACCCGAGGAAAAAAUAUCAACUAUAGAGUGCUGCCAAAAUCCAAAUUCGUGUGUUUUACAAAGGCCUACGCAGUAUAACCCAAACACAGUUGAAUGUCAGUUACAAACCAAAAUAGAAAACGUUGUUCCGCAAAAAUGGGAAUCUCCAUUAACACAAUCUGUCCGUACCACAAGUCCAGAUGCCGAUACGUUUUGCCUUUUUCAGCCUAAAAGAGCUUUUAGCCCUCUUGCAUCUGCCCUCGCAGUCGCCCCAUCAGAACCCUUUAAUACUCUGUCGAAUGCUCCGCCAAAGCCUGUACCAUUGCCUGAAUUUACUGAGCCAUAUUUUCCACCGGAGCAUCCUAUAAUAAUAACCAAGCCAGAUGAAAAACCCGAAAAAGUAGAGCCUAGAUUACCACCACCAAAACCCUACAGUCCCUUUGUUAAAGCCCUUGAAAUAGCACCAGAGAGACCGUUCACUCCUAUUGGCUCACCAAGCCCUAAACCACCUGUGAAAAAGAAACCGUUGGAUCCGCUUGAUAAGUUAAUAGAUGAUUUACCGAAACCUAGCGAAAAGCUUGAUAUGAGAAGUGCUCUUACUACAGCUUCGGAUCGCCCCUACACUCCAUUACUUCCAGAGCAUUCAGAUGACUCAAAAAAUACUAAAAAAAAUUAUGAUAAAGUUGAUCGUUCCUUGCUUACAAAACCUUUAAAGCCCGAAGAGCUACCUACAUCAUUUCAGAUGAAUAAAAAAGAACCCUUACCGCCGAGUUACUAUGCUCCUAUCGCUAUAGAGGAAGCUAUUCAAUCAGAGAUGGAACAUAGGUCAGAAAAAAGCGAAUGUAAAGAAACAAAAAUAAUAGAAAAACAGACCAUAGAGGCUCCGCAAAUGACUAAGCAAAUCGUUCAAGAAUCAUGUCCUAUGCCAAGUAGCUUUGCACCAAUUUUUCAAGGCUUUUCCUGCUCAUUUAAAAACAAAUCAGAUCAUGCCCAAUUUUCGGUAGAGGUUUCUACGACUCCACCAGUACCCUGCAAGCCACCCACUCCCAUUUCUUAUAUAGCUACAGUCCAGGAACAGCCUACACGCGUUACCAAAGAAACAGUUAUUCAAGAAACCCAAGGUCUUCAACAAACAACUAGACACCAAGAAAAUGUGUCCGUAAAGGUAAAGCAACAGCAGCAGCUGGUACAGCAACAACAAGAACAAGCUCAAGGAGUAGUAAAGGCAGCUCAAGAAGUGACUCAGAUAAAACCAAUACAGACUAGCCAGAUGCUAAAGAAGCCAGAAGGAUUACCAAGUUACCAGGUAAAUCUGAAAGCAACGGCCGAAGCUGAUCUUCUUUUGAUGGAACGAAAACAAAGAGCGGAAGAAAGAUUAGAGCAGCAAAAGAAGCAAUCACAAAUGAAUAAGCAACAAAGUCAGAGAGUACCAGAGGUUGUCUCCGAGCCUGUCUGUCAGAGAAAAGUAGUCCCUCAACUCGAUACAGAGACAGUUGGUCAGAAACCUCCAAGUAAACCUACUAUCACUAUACAGACGGAAGAUGUAAGUCAUAUGGCGACAAAACUAGAUUUUCAACCUGUGCCUUGUAAUACAUUUUCCUCAGGAUCUAGGUCAGUGACACCAAGUAUGGUGCAUAGGGCGCCAGCUCUUUUACCUUACUAUCAAGAUAAUCUUGUUCCCCAUUUCCAUCGGCCUAUUGAAACUAAUGUAUUUGAUCCAACCCAUCCGGAAGUUUCUCGAUCGCCUAGUCCACACCCAGGUAAAGAAGUUCAUAGUAGAUCUCCGUCGCCGUUCCCACAGGCCGCUCACCAAAUUAGGCCUAAAUCGCCCGCAGAAGGGCCACCACCAAACCCGUUGAGGUCAACAAAGCCAUUACCCACCCCUCAAGAUACAAAAGUGCAACAGGCUAAAGAAAGUUUAAAGACAUAUCUUCCAGAAUACAAGGAUCAACGAGAUAUCGUAGAGCAGCAGCGAGGAAUGGAUUUUUACAGAAAAGAUAGCUUACUAAAUAUUGCCUGCCCUGCUGUUUCAGUUGAUCAAGUACAAUCUCAAAAUGUUGACUUACAAAUUCAGCAAAGCAGGCUGGAAGUAGAUGAAAAGACGUCGGAGGUAACUAGAGGAGUAAGUGGUGUAGCUAGAAAAGAUGUAGCUGAAAGCAUGAAACAAGACCACUUAGCUGCUGUGAGUAAAACUGCAAGUGAGAGCACUGAAAAGUCAGCAGAUGGCUCUACACAAAUACACAGAAGGAAAUUAGUCACCGAAGAGUAUGAGAAAAGUCACAAAGAAAGUAAUAUAGAAAUAAGGACUAGUGCAACAUAUACAAAUAAAGAUUCAUUUUCAAAAGUCAAUGUGCCGGCUAUUGAACCCCCAACGUUGACAUCAUUUCAUGUAACAAAUCCACACCACGUUUCGUUUCAAAAAACUAAUCAACCUGCACCGGAGCCUGCUCAGAUUCUUGUUCAGCCUCAACUUCCUCCUGCCCAGGAGGGAUCCGAAUCCAUUCCAGUUCCACCUCCACCACCUGUUCGGCGUGUUUUUCCACCCGGUUCCUUAGCCCCAAUAAAGCAUGUUACCCCCCCUAGUGCUAGUGCAAAACCCAGUGAUUACGUCAAAAAACCCAAUGUUCCCAAAACUGAUAUAGGUGCCGGCGCUGGUCGUCAAACUGGAGGAAUCACUGCUGCUCCAAAGAGAGGAAAAGGAUUGUUGAAUGCCGCCGCCUUGCCUGGUGCCAGAGUACCGCUUUGUGGACAUUGCCAUGGUCAAAUUAGAGGACCAUUUAUAACUGCUCUUGGUAAAAUCUGGUGCCCUAAUCACUUUAUUUGCGCGACUCCAUCCUGUAAGCGCCCCCUACAAGAUCUCGGUUUUGUAGAAGAAAGAGGUCAGCUAUAUUGCGAAUAUUGUUUCGAACAAUACCUCGCCCCACCAUGCUCCAAAUGUAAUGGUAAAAUUAAAGGGGAUUGCUUGAAAGCUAUUGGCAAGAAUUUCCAUCCUGAGUGCUUCAACUGUGUAUAUUGUGGAAAAUUGUUCGGCAAUAAUCCAUUCUUUUUGGAGGACGGUAAUCCCUACUGUGAAGCUGAUUGGAAUGAGCUGUUUACUACUAAAUGCUUUGCCUGUGGAUUUCCUGUUGAAGCUGGUGAUCGUUGGGUAGAAGCCUUAAACAAUAACUACCAUAGUCAAUGCUUUAACUGCACGAUGUGUAAGAAGAACCUUGAAGGACAGAGUUUCUUUGCGAAAGGAGGACGUCCAUUCUGUAAAAACCACGCUCGUUAAAACAAAUUCCUAAAAGCUGAAACAUUUGACAAUCUAUAUUUAUUUGUAUUAUAAUGUUUAUAAUAAUUGUAAUUUUUCAGUUUUAAGCAAAAUAGAGUUUUUUUUUUAAUAAUAUUAAACUGCAUUAGGGCUUAGUUUGAGAAGAUUAAACUAAAUUAAUAAAAACAUAUUUGCCAAAAUACGAGCAAAGUUACGGUGUCCACUUUUUAUAUUUUGGCAAGGAUGUUUACUAAUUUCUUUUGAUCUUUAACUCUAGGUUUGUACAUAAAUUUAAAUAUUGUAUGUAUCUAUAGAGCUUUAUUUUUGUUUAAAAUUAUCCGUAUUUAGCCCCAGUAAUGUGUGUGGCUUUGCCCUUAAUUAAGUUAAAAAUAAUAUUUUCAAUUUAAGUACAUUUAAUUUGCUUAGAUGCUUUAAAGGACUAUGCUUUAAAGGUAAUAUUACAUAAAAAUAUAUAUUAUGUACAUUUAAGUUAUUAAUGGGUAUGGUUUAGGUCGUAUGCAGUAAACAUUAAUAGUCAGAUUAAACAUCAGCUGACGUUAAGCUUAUUUUCUUCUAAAAACUGACCUUUCCGUUAUAAUAUUGUCAAUUGUAUUUUUUAUUUGUUUGUUCUUGUUCAAUUAAAAUAUCAAUAGUUA